AUGACACUCAAUAAAUUUGAAUGUACAAAGGAUUUUGUACGACAGACAACUGCCUACGUGAUACAAACCGAUCGCCUGUUACACACACUGACAGUUAGAGAAACACUCAUGUAUGCUGCGCUCUUACGUCUUCCUAGCAAGACAACCGAGAAGGAGAGAAACGAUAAGGUAGACACAGUUGUUCAGAGAAUGGGUCUGAACCCUGUGAAGCACUCCAAGGUUGGUGGCCUAAUUGACAGGGGAAUCUCUGGAGGGGAAAAGAGGCGCGUGACCAUUGCUAUCCAGCUUCUACAGGAUCCAAGUAUUCUGCUACUGGACGAACCUACCACCGGACUAGACAGUUAUACAGCGCGUCACCUAGUCACUAGUCUCGCCGAGCUCGCUCACAAGGGUACGAUUGUCAUCCUCUCUAUCCAUCAGCCUCGAUCUGACAUAUUUGGACUAUUGGACAAGGUGGCGCUGAUGAGCACCGGAAGCAUGGUAUACUACGGCAACACCAACAAACUGGUAGAACACUUUACUCUGGCCGGGUACCCUUGUCCACAAUACGCCAACCCACUAGAUCACUAUGUUGAUGUGGCAAGUGUAGACCGCCGAACAAGAGAACGGGAGAUUUUGACAACACAGAAAAUCGACAAACUUGUACAAAUAUAUAAAGAUUCACUUAUAUUUGACGACAUGCGACAAGAAGUUUCAAAAUUAUUGAAACAUUCACAUAAAAACGUAAGAUCCAUGGCCGUUAGUCGACCAAGCAAACCAGGAGUGUUUCGGGUGAUGGGCACGCUGCUGAGUCGAUGUUACCGACACACAGGGAGGGACCGAAGUAUCUACUCUAGCCGUAUGUUCCUGUUGUUUUCCUUUGUGCCUUUCAUCUGCCUCUUUCUACUGCAAAUGGGCACAGACCAGCGAAGCAUUCAAGACCGCGUGGGGCUUAUAUACCAGGGGACAAGUGUUCCCUCCUACAUGGGCCUGAUGAACGGGUUCUACCUGUUCCCCCCAUUACGGGACCUGUACUACCGAGAAUCCAUGGAUGGUCUUUACUCUUCCGUUACCUUCGUCAUCUCCUACGCAUUGUAUGUUGCCCCCUUCCACGUGUUCAGCACCUUUCUCUUCAGCAUCUCUGUCUACUGGGCGACAGGCAUGUACAACGAUUGGAUAAAGUAUGCCGUUUUUAAUGCCGUUCUCACUAUUCUCCAGUUUGUUUAUGAGAUGCUAACUAUAGGUGCUAUGGGAUUUUUCCUAGACCCACGCCUAGCAAUCAACGUGACUACUCUCAUAAUGACGUUUGGCUACCUGAUCUCUUCUGGACUCAUCAGGCGCAUGGACAACAUGCUGGACAUACUACAGUGGUUAAGCUACGCCGGAGUACACAAAUACGCGUCACAGAUAGUUGUCGUCAAUGAAUUCCAAGACCUGGUGUUUGACUGUACUAACUCCACUACUGACCCCUGUCAGUAUCGAAAUGGAAGUGCCUUCCUAGACGCCUAUUUCCCUGGCGGGGAGGACACAAUCACCCGUGACGCUGGAAUUCUCACUGGUUUCCUCGGUUUCUUCAUCCUCCUCCCCAUAGCGACGUACACAUUCAGGGGUGGGAGGAAUCUACACUAG